GGGACUGCGGUGGGCCAGGGUGCUGCGGCUGCCGCAGCGCCAGCCGUGGCUUGGGCUCUAGCUCCCGGGCAUUUAAAGGGGACGCGGCAGCAGCCCGGGGGGUGGGGGAUGGAGGGCAGUUGGAGGGACGGCCCAGACGCACAUCAUCCACGACCCCUCCGGACCGGAGGGACUCGUGAGCCAGAGCCCAGAAGUCCGGGGGUGGAUAAGGCACCACGUCCCCUCCAAUUCCAGUAAGCACCUCUGGCUCCAUCCUGCGCCCAAAUACCUCAGCUAGCCCCUCUCCUCACUCCUUCACACUCCAAACUCAGCCGGGACAGACUUCUGCAGCCGCCGCUCCCCACCCUGCUGGAGAAGCUCAGACAUCCUGUCCUUUUAUUUGAGGAGCUUUUUUAGAUGACACAAAAUGAUUUGAUCAUUCAGGACAAAACUCCUGGAGGAGCUCUGGACGACGGCUAGAGACCAACAGAGUCCUUACAGGUGGUGUCCAGGGCGACGGACCAACAAUGAGUGGGUGUUUUCCGGUUGGCGGCCUCCGGUGCCUGUCGAGGGUAUGUCGUGGCCUGGCGUGGGAGGCUUCUACCUCCCCAAGCCCCACUGCUUCUGCUGCCCGCUUGCUUCGGACUCUGGCAGGAACCCCACCCGCUGACACGGUCCUCCCGGGGAAUUGGUCUUGGAUGUGCCAGCACCUCUGGCCGAGGCCUGCUAACCAGCCUCUCCCGGGUCGGCGCCCGCCGCGCCCGCUCUCGCUUGCUCCCUCUUCCUCCUGCUCUUCUCCUCCCUGCUCCCAGGACAGCGGGAUGGCGGUGCAGGGCGCGCCGCGCUUCCUCCUGACCUUCGACUUUGACGAGACUAUCGUGGACGAAAACAGCGACGACUCGAUAGUGCGCGCCGCGCCGGGCCAGCGGCUGCCGGAGAGCCUGCGCGCCACCUACCGCGAGGGCUUCUACAACGAGUACAUGCAGCGCGUCUUCAAGUACCUGGGCGAGCAGGGCGUGCGGCCCCGGGACCUGCGCGCUGUCUACGAGGCCAUCCCCCUGUCGCCGGGCAUGGGCGACCUGUUGCAGUUUGUGGCCAAGCAGGGGACCUGCUUCGAGGUGAUUCUUAUCUCGGAUGCCAACACCUUCGGCGUGGAGAGCUCGCUGCGCGCUGCGGGCCAUCUCGGCCUGUUCCGCCGCAUCCUCAGCAACCCGUCGGGGCCCGACGCACGCGGGCUGCUGACGCUACGGCCCUUCCACACGCACAGCUGCCCCCGUUGCCCCGCCAACAUGUGCAAGCACAAGGUGCUCAGCGACUACCUGCAGGAGCGGGCCCAAGACGGCGUGCAUUUUGAGCGCCUUUUCUAUGUGGGCGACGGCGCCAACGACUUCUGCCCCAUGGGGCUGCUGGCCAGCGGCGACGUGGCCUUCCCGCGCCGCGGCUAUCCCAUGCACCGCCUUAUCCAGGAGGCGCAGAAGGCGGAGCCCAGCUCAUUCCGCGCCACGGUGGUGCCCUGGGAGACAGCCACCGAAGUACGCCUCCACCUGCAGCAGGUGCUGAAGCCGAGCUGAGAUGGCUGCCUGCCUGCAGGGGGCGCCCGGCCAAGAAGGGACGGGGGUAGGGGGAGACUGGGAAAGAACCUGGUUUUGUAACUCCCUUUUCCCUCUCGCUUUGGUACCGUCCCUCCGGGAAUUUCUAGAAUUCCAGGCUCGUGCUUUCUGGGACUGAGGGAGGGAGUUCGGAGCCGUCCUUAUCUAUGCAGUUAAACCAGCUCGGCUGCCUCCCUCAGAUCCACUGCAAACAGCUAAAUUCUGGAGUCUGGCACAACCCCGGUGGUGCGCAUACCUAGGAACGCAGCAGCGGUUCCAAAAGCCUCGUCCUCUGAACUGGGAGGAAGAGGCCCCCUUGCAGGGGAGAGAACUUGAACUGCUGCCCUGCCCUGGCUGCAUAAACUCCCUUCCCACAGUCUUAGGUCAAAGGAGACUCAGGUCCCGAAAUCCUCCCGCACCGGACUCCCUGCGGGAAGGUGACGCUCUCGCGUUCUUCCGACAGCCCCAGACCUAGAUCUUGCUUCACCUCCCGCGAGCCCACACUACAUCCCUUUUCUCGCGUCCCUUUCCUGCCAGCCACCCUGCCAGCAUCCACAAAGGAAAAAAAGCCAGAAAGAACAGUCGCCUCCUGGUGGUGGAUCGAGGUAGCACACCGCCCUGCUUCGGUUGGGCCUGCGCGGUUUCUCGCACCAGGCCACGGUGGCUCCCCGCACCCCAGCCUCGUCUAUGCAGCAAGACCAGGAACUCAACCAAAGGCACCCUCGCAGGCUGGGCCCUCUGCGCCCCGCUCCUCUCGUAUGGAACAGGAAGCCAUGAUGUUUUAACGCUGAGUCAGUGAAACC